CGAAUAUCGGCGUUCAUCCUGACUUGACCGAGUUGCUAAAUGUAUUUGUACAGGCGAGGAUCGCAAAGACACUGCAUUGUUCUGCACCAUUUGUUUGGAAGACUUUAUUCCCGAGUCGCACUAUCGGCAGCUUCCAUGCUUGCAUCUUUUCCACAUGCAAUGCAUCGACUCUUGGUUACGCCGCAAUCCAACUUGCCCCUUGUGCAGGGUAAGAUUUGCUCCACCUGCGCAGCCUCCAAGCGUGAACAGAGAGCCAAGAGCAACUGUGUCUACAUCGCAAGCAUCCGAGGCCCGUUCACCCGUCAUUAGACCGCCAAGUCAGGGCGACCCUGCGAGCAGUUUGAGUGCUCGUUUGGGAUCGCUGAAGGGCUGGUGCGAAAGACAUGUGAAGCGGAGCAGCAACGCGGCACGAAGGCCCAGAAAUGAAACCAGCAACAAUGAUGGCGAGACUUCGAAUUCGCUUCCCUUGGCUGCGUCCGCUUGAUUUUGCUUUUAUGAUAUCUCCAAUUGUUUGAAAAUUUCUAGCUGGGCGUAAUGCAUUUGGAACGCUGGAUUUUUUGAGGCUUUAUUUGUGCUAUGAACUUUACAGCUAUUCGUUUGACUACAGUUUCGUUAAAUUAUAGUUCAGUUGGCGAUGGGGAACCCUUCCUUGACGGGGAAAGCUGUAAAACCGAAUGUACACUAUUUAGCGGUUAACGAUAUUUUUCUUUCAUUUCCUUCAUUUCAAAAGACAGAGAAAAAUAAGUGGCA